AUGGGUCGCGAGGACCAGAUUGAGGAGCGAGAAGUUCUCGACUCCAUUUUUCCAGACGAGAUAUCAGAUCUUUCCGAGACGUCUUAUCGAAUAACGAUCACACUUGACAUCGACCAAGAAGAGGAAUCCGAAGAGGAAGCACCGAUAUUGAUAUUACAAAUUUCAUAUCCCGAAGCAUAUCCUGAUGUGGCGCCAGAUCUAGAAAUCUCAACUCCUCCAAAUGCCCCAAAGCAUUCUCGUUUUGACGUGCAGGAAGACAAGGCACAUCUCAUGGAAGCACUUCAGCCUAGUAUCGAGGAGAACCUUGGCAUGGCAAUGGUGUUCACGCUUGUCAGCACUAUGAAGGAAGCGGCAGAAAAUUUAAUAAUGGACCGUGUCACAUCUGAGAAGAACGCGCGGGAGAAAGAAAUCGCAAAAGCGGAAGAGGAAGAGAACCGGAAAUUCCAGGGUACUCUUGUCAACAAGGAGAAGUUCUUGGAGUGGAGAGAAGGAUUCAGGAAGGAGCUGGAAGAAGAAGAGCAGAGACUGCGGGAGGAAAAAGAAGCGGAAGAGAAAAAGAAGAAGACAUCUGCUCGUGAAGAGACAAAGCUUACAGGGAGGCAACUUUGGGAGAGAGGGUUGGCGGGUAAAGGUGAUUAUGAUGAGGACGGCGAUGACGACGUGGCCGUGGCUGCUGAGAAAUUGCAAAUUUCAUCAUAA